AUGUAUGUGAAAGAUUUGAAAUUUGCGAAGAAAUUAAAGAAAGAUCGUAUUCUCUUAACGAUUGCUGUGCAAGACAUCGAAAAACCCGAAAUUAAUAUCGAACCGACGAAACUUCAUUUCAAAGGACAACAAUCGGAAAAAGUAAAGUACGAUACAACAUUGGAAUUUUUCGAUGAAAUCGAUCCGAAUGCAUCCAAGUAUCAUAAAACAAGUCAAAAUCAUUGGGAAUUCAUGCUGAAAAAAAAGGACUCUAAGAAACCAUUUUGGAAGCGUUUGAUCAAAUCAACUGAUAAAUGUCAAUGGAUCAACAUCGAUUGGAAUCAUUUCAAUGCCGAAGAUGAUGAUGACGAUGAAAGUGAUUUGGGCGGAAAGGAUUGGAGUAAUUUAGAUGGAAUGUUGAAACAAAUGGGCGGUGAUUUAAGUGGCGCGUCUACAGCUGAUUUGAAAGAUCUCGAUGAUAUUGACGUCGAUAGCGAUGAUGAACCAAUGCCAGAUCUUGAAGAAGCAUUGCAAUCAAAUGAAGACAAGAAAUAA